AUGAGUAAACGGGAACAGGUGACAGUUAAAGAUUUAUAUCACAUGGUAGGGAAAUGCAGCAUCAGAAGACUUUUGGGAGGAGGUGAUGUGGGCUGUAGAGGCGAUGAAGCAGAAAUGGAAGAGGAUAAAGCGUACACGACGCCAAAGAACGCGGUAAAAUCUUCAAACUUUAUUAGCGCUGGGCCCGGAGAUUGGGCUCUAUCAAAAUUACGGUCAAGACGAUGA